GAAAAAGGUAGCCUUAUUAUUAUUCCAUUUCACCUUCUGCUAUCUUUUCUGUUUCUCUUUUGUUUUUUUAGAAAAUACAUUUUUAUUCGAUUUAGGGCAAAAACAAAAUCAAGAACAGACACAAACAAAAAGGCAACCACAACUCGGUCCUUUGACUCAGCUCACGGAAUUUCCAUUAAAAAGCUAAAGAGAAAAAAAGAGAGGAAAAAUUUUAAGAUCUCUCACGGCCGUUGAUCUACCUUGCUGGCUAUAGUCACUCUACCAGCUUGUACUCAAGACGUUGAAGGCUGCUUCCCAACAAGGAAUGAUAUUUUGCAUGAUCUACUGACACUUGUGCAAUGUCGGGAUUACUUAAUUCUUCUGUCAACGGAUCAGCAUCAAAUAUUCCAGACAGCAGCGGACGUUCUUUCGCUACAUCUUUCUCUGGUCAGUCUGGCGCAGCCUCCCCUGGUUUCCAUCACACUGGCACUAUUCAGGGCCUUCAUGGUAUUCAUGGUAGCUUUAAUGUUCCCAACAUGCCCGGUACUCUCACAUCAAGAAACUCAACUUUAAGUAAUGUUCCAACUGGCGGGGUUCAACAACCUACUGGGAACCUAUCUGGUGGAAGAUUUGCGUCAAAUAAUCUCCCUGUUGCUCUUUCUCAGUUAUCUCAUGGCAGUUCCCACGGACAUUCAGGAGUAGCCAAUAGAGGAGGUAUUAGUGUUGUGGGAAACCCUGGAUUUAGUAGUAACACGAAUGGAGUUGGUGGUUCUAUACCUGGAAUUCUCCCAACAUCUGCUGCAAUUGGUAACCGCAAUGCUGUUCCAGGAUUGGGAGUAUCCCCAAUUUUGGGAAAUGCAGGUCCUAGGAUAACUAGUUCUAUGGGAAACAUGGUUGGUGGGGGCAACAUUGGGAGGAGCAUAAGCUCGGGUGGAGGAUUAUCCGUACCUGGUCUUGCUUCUCGCCUGAACUUAAGUGCCAAUAGUGGAUCCGGAAGUUUAAGCAUGCAGGGUCAGAAUAGGUUGAUGAGUGGUGUGCUUCCUCAAGGAUCUCCUCAGGUAAUUUCAAUGUUGGGCAAUUCUUAUCCAUCUGCUGGUGGGCCUCUUUCCCAGAGCCAUGUUCAAGCUGUGAACAAUCUUAGUUCUAUGGGAAUUUUGAAUGAUGUGAACUCUACUGACAAUUCCCCUUUUGACAUAAACAAUGACUUCCCUCAGUUGACAAGUCGUCCUAGUUCUGCUGGAGGGCCUCAAGGACAAUUGGGUUCAUUACGAAAACAAGGUCCUAGCCCCAUUGUCCAACAAAACCAAGAGUUCAGCAUUCAAAAUGAAGAUUUCCCUGCUUUACCAGGAUUUAAAGGUGGUAAUGCUGACUAUGGAAUGGAUUUGCACCAGAAAGAUCAACUUCAUGACAAUACCAUGUUAAUGAUGCAAUCUCAGCACUUCUCUAUGGGGAGGCCUGCAGGAUUUAACUUGGGUGGAUCCUAUUCUUCUCAUCGCCCGCAGCAGCAACAGCAACAUGCGCCAUCAGCCAGUACCACUGGAGUCUCCUUUUCGCCUGUAAACAACCAAGAUCUUCUCCAUUUACACGGCUCUGAUAUUUUCACAUCUUCUCAUUCGAGCUACCACUCGCAGACCAGUGGACCACCUGGGAUUGGGCUAAGGCCUCUAAAUUCCUCGAAUUCGGUUUCUGGUAUGGGUUAUGACCAGCUCAUACAGCAAUAUCAGCAGCAUCAAAACCAGUCCCAGCUCCGUCUGCAACAGAUGUCAGCUGUCAAUCAAUCAUUUAGGGAACCUGGGAUGAAACCAAUGCAGGUUGCGCAGUCUAAUCAUGACCCCUUUGGAUUACUUGGGUUGCAAAGCGUGCUAAGGAUGAAUGAUCUUGAUCUGACUUCCCUUGCUCUCGGAAUUGAUCUGACAACACUCGGGUUAAAUUUGAAUUCAUCAGAAAAUCUUUACAAGACAUUUGGUUCUCCGUGGUCUGAUGAACCAGCUAAGGGUGACCCGGAGUUCACUGUGCCACAAUGUUAUUACGCUAAGCAACCACCUCCUUUACACCAAGGUUAUUUUUCGAAGUUCACCGUGGACACAUUGUUCUAUAUAUUUUACAGCAUGCCAAAAGAUGAAGCUCAAUUAUACGCUGCAAAUGAACUUUACAAUAGAGGCUGGUUUUACCACAAGGAGCACCGGUGUUGGUUCAUAAGGGUUCCCAAUGUCGAGCCAUUAGUUAAGACGAACACGUACGAGAGAGGUUCUUAUCACUGUUUUGAUCCGAUAUCAUUUGAAACAGUCCGCAAGGAUAAUUUCGUUGUUCAUUACGAGAUGUUGGAAAAAAGACCAGCAUUACCUCAACAUUAACAAGUUCUUAUUCCCAUUUACCAAUGUAAAGCACAAGUAUGUAAGUCAUUCAUUAGCUGUUGCUGUUUUUCGGAUUUAGCAAUUUUCAUUAUAUUCCAUUUCUUUUUUUGGCAA